AUGCGUCUGCUUUGCCUUUUGCUACCCGCCUCCGCCAUCUUUCUCUCGAGAACCGCUGACUCUGCAACCUCCAGCGGUAAUCCGAACAUCAAUGCUGCUGUCAACUCGGUCACUGUCCCCCUCCGUGUGAAGACGAACGCAUCCGUCGCUCUGCCGCUCUUGGCGCCGCAUCCCUUCGCAAGGAGCACACGCGACGCUAGCUACCACGACGACGAGGAGAGGGAAGGGGGGCUGGGUAUAGCGCGAUUCGUAGGCGAUGUUUUUUACAGUCUGCAAAUGAGAACAUGGCUUUGGUACGACCUACACCCCGAAGCCGUCUUGAAGCAAUUGAGUGUGCGACCGAAGAACGAUGAGCCGCUCGACGUGCAGAUCGUUGCGCGGUGUCUCGCCUAUGCUGACCUGUUCACCGCAAAGAAAAGAGUUUCUGGUGACGAUGUUGUGUUCAGGAUGCUGGAUAGUAUCACAGGCAACAAAGAAAAGCUUGUUGCGCUCCUCUUGACGCUCCGAAACUUCCGUGGCAUGAAGAAUCGUGCGGACAGCUUGCAAAGAGCGGUAGCUGGGAAAUACCCAGAACUCGAGGAUCGUAUCCAGAGUUUGUGGCUGAAGGCUAACGUGAGACCUGACGAAGCCUACGAUAUGAUGCCCAUCGCAGCAGAGAAGAAACUUACACAUGGCAUCGAAAAAGAACCAACGUGGCCUGCAAUCUGUCGUGGGCUCACGCAGUUGAUUUCGUAUGCUCGCAAGUUUAACGCAAUGGAUACGAAGAUGUCCGAAUUCAGCUACCAGAAUCUGUUCGAACUGUUGGUGGAGAAGAGAGGGGCCGAUGAGCUGGCGGUGUUCUCGUAUUCAACGAAACAUGAGUUUGACGGUAUCGAAAGUCUCGUUCACGACUUCCGAGUAAUGCUAGUUGAGCAAUACCCAGAGGCCAUUGAAUCGGUGCUUCAAUCGUGGUUCGACGCAAGAGUGCACCCUGUGCAAGUCUACAAGUAUUUGCCCCUCGACUACGCAUUGGACAUCACAGAAGGAAAAGAGUGGCUUGCUCUCUGCUCCGGUCUUAAGCUGUGGAUUUCGUAUAUGAUCAGCAUUGGAAACAAAGUGUUCAGCAACAACGAGAUAGUCCGCCUGCUGGUCGAUAAAAGAAGCGAAAAGCAGGCGGUGGCUUUUCUCAGUUGGCUUGAAAGCGUCGAUGGUAUGAAAGAUCACGCUGAAAGAUUGCAAGAAGCGCUAGCCGUGGAAUUUCCAGAUUCUCUGCCGCUGCUGCUUGAAGUGUGGCUGAAGCAUGACGUGGACCCAAAGGAAGUUUACCGCAGAAUGUCGCUUACAGCGAGUAAACCGGUUACACAUGACAGCCUUAAUCGGAUGUUUAAUAUUCCGAAGAUGAAAAUGUGGUUUGGCUAUGUUGAAAAGCUCAACGCCGACUUGGCUUGCCUGCUUCCAGAAUGCAUCGUGUGCAGCAACUGCCACCUUGUAUACGAUACGGACUAG